GCUGAUGCCUUUGUCUGGGAGACAAGGCUGUGCGCAUGCGUAGCAGCUGCGGGUCAUCUGUCCUGUGCGGGCUUCCGUACAGCGCUCUGUUGUCAGUGGAGAGCGGCGCCCGGUGCGGGUACUGAUGGGGGAGACAGGUUUAUUCCAUUUAAAGUAAAAGCAAAGGACAACAAUGCAUCAUGGGAAUGGUCCCUCAAAUACUCCACGUCAGCUUCAAAGGUCCAGAUCAUUCACUGGCAAUGAGGCAGAGGAAACAUCCAUACAGACAAAUUUGCCACAGUCUCCUGCACCUGCUCCAUCAUUUGCACCAGCGGUCAGUUCACCUGGACCCCAGUCGCCCAGUUACCAGAUACAACAACUGAUAAUGAGCCGUAAUCCAGUUGCUGGUCAGAAUGUGAAUAUUACACUUCAAAAUGUAGGACAAGUGGUUGCAGGAAAUCAACAGAUAACACUGACCCCACUGCCUAUCCCUAAUCCAGCCUCUCCUGGAUUCCAGUUCAGUUCCCAGACAAGGAGGUUUGAACAUGGAUCUCCUUCCUAUAUUCAGGUCACUUCCCCAAUGUCUCAGCAAGUCCAAACACAAAGCCCUACACAGCCCAGCGCUGUGCCAAUCCAAGCAUUACAAGGCGUUAGAGCUGCUACAGCUGGAGCUAGCUUGGGAAUGUGUAGCCAGAGUCCAACACGUGGUUUUGUGGAUGCCAGUGUCCUGGUGAGACAGAUAAGCUUAAGUCCUUCAAAUGGUGGACAUUUUGUCUUUCAAGAAGGGUCUGGACUUGCACAAAUUGCACAGGGAGCAACAGCACAGGUACAGCUUCCAUCUGGGGCUGCACAAGCCACAAUAAGAGAGCGCAGGCUUUCACAGCCUCAUUCUCAGACCGGAGGCACUAUUCAUCACCUUGGACCUCAAAGUCCUGUGGCAAGUGGGGCAAACCUGCAGACCUUGACCACACCAAGCCACAUAACAACCACCAACCUCCCCCCACAAAUCAGCAGUAUUAUCCAAGGUCAGCUUAUUCAGCAACAACAAGUUCUUCAUGGGCAGCAGUUGGGCAGGACUAUCAGCUUUGAUAGGACUUCUGGGGGAAUGAUAGCUGGAGUAGCUGCAGCUUCAUCUUUUGGUAUAACGUCAUCUCCAACCCCGACAAGUCCAUCACGAAUAACAGGUUCCCAGGCACUUUGUAGUCUUUCUUUAACCCCAACAGUAAGUACGAUCAAGAAGCAAAGUAAGAAGCUUGAGGAAAUACCUCCUGCAACUGCCGAAGAUGCACAGAUGAGAAAGCAGUGCUUGGAGCAUCACAAUAAGUAUAUGAAAAGCUUGAAGGAACAUUUCAAGGAUUAUCUGAUUGAGCUCUUCUUCCUACAACAUUUUCAAGGAAACAUGAUGGAUUUCUUGGCAUUUAAAAAGAAACCCUCAUUGGGUCUUCAGGGUUAUCUCAGGCAAAAUGACUUGGAUCUAGAAGAGGAAGAAGAAGAGGAGCAGUCUGAGGUUAUAAACGACGAGGUAAAGAUUGUGACAGGAAAAGAUGGGCAGACUGGUACUCCUGUUGCUAUAGCAACCCAGCUUCCUCCUAAUGUUUCUGCUGCUUUUUCAUCACAGCAGCAGCCAUUUCAGCAAUCUCUAACAGGGAGUGGAGCUGUAGGAGCAGCAAAUGCAAUCGAUAUUGAAGCUUUUAAAAGACAACAAGCCCUCACACAAGCAGACCCAAGCAAGAGACCACGCCUUGAUAUGCCAAGACAUGGCAUGGUUUUCCAGCAUCCAGGGGUGGCAUCUGGGGUACCCCUACAACAACUUAUGCCCACUGCACAAGGGGGAAUGCCUCCUACUCCUCAGACAGUGCAACUGACAGGACAGAAGCAAAGCCAACAGCAAUAUGAUCCCUCCAAGGGGCCUCCAGUGCAAAAUGCUGCCAGCCUUCAUACUCCCCCUCCCCAGUUGACUGGCAGAGUCCAGGCCUCCAAUAUUCCCAUUUCUUCUCUACCCACUGCCCUGCAUUUGGCACAGCAACAGCAGCAACUCACAGAAGGUCAAAUUCAGCCACAGAUUCAAGUGCAGGUCAAAGCGCAAGCAGCAGGUGUCCCUAUUCAGUCAUCGCCACAGAAUCAGCUUCCAGCCCAGAUCUCACAGACUCUCCAGACAACAUUUCAUGCACAGAUGCCCAUUAUGGCUACAACUCAACCACAAGGCACAGCUCAACAACAGACUGUCACCCUGAUGAGGCCAACCACAGAAUCUCCACAGCAAAAACUUACCAGCAGCUCUCAGCCCUCAUCUUUUGUGGCCCCAGCAGCCAUUUCUAAUAGUAGUCCGGUUGCAUCUUUCUCUCUGCCAACAAACAGAACUAAUCAAACUGCGAACAAAGCUGUAUCCUCCACAUCUCCCAAAGCCUCAGGAUCAGCGUUAGCAGCAACUGUCAAAGUACAAACCUCAUCGCAGAGCAUUACUGGAGUAUCUCCAGAAAUUCAAGACAAGUCUUUGGAACAGGAAAACCAUGUUCAUCAGCGCGUUGCAGAUCUUCGCAAAGAAGGUUUAUGGUCAUUACGGAGGCUUCCUAAACUGCAGGAGCCAUCAAGGCCAAAGUCUCAUUGGGAUUACCUACUAGAAGAGAUGCAAUGGAUGGCUGCUGACUAUGCUCAAGAGAGAAGGUGGAAAAUGGCUUGUGCAAAGAAGCUGGUCAGAACUGCUGCUCGUUAUCAUGAAGAAAAAAUAAUGAAUAUUGAGAGAGCCAAAACAGAAGAAGAGAACAAGCUGAAACGAAUUGCUGCCUCAAUUGCCAGGGAAAUUGAGUAUUUCUGGUCUAAUAUUGAACAAGUUGUAGAAAUUAAGUUACAAAUGGAGUUUCAAGAAAAAAGAAGAAAAGCACAUAACUUAAAUAUGGACUCAAUGAAAGGCCCACUUAAGGCAAUUGAGGAGGCAUGUGUGAAGCAUAAGCAUGGAGAUAUUAAAGCAUCACCAAGUUGGAGAAAGAGAAAAGCAAGUUCCUCUUGGAGUGAUGGCGAAGGUGAUGAUGAAGAGGAAACCAUUGCAGAACAGGAAACCAAAGAAAGCAGUGUAGACCACCAGGCUGAACUGACUGAAUUAAUUAGAGAAGCUGAUCUACCACUAGAUGAUUUAGUGAAGGAAUAUGAAGGUGCUUAUGAUGAGAAUUUUCACUGGCCCCAUGUUUUCAACCAAAAUGAAGAAGGGAGGAAAUCUAGUCAAGAUAUCAGAGAACACCCAGGGGAAGCGGACAUGCCCCAGAAACAUUGUACAACUGUUCUCAUUGACUCUCUGCUGGGUACGGACCAGUAUAGAUCAGUUGACAGGUCCAAUACAGCUCUUCUGAGUUCUAGAAAACACACCAGAGAUGUUGAAGAUGUGGCCAGAGCAGCAGAGUUGCUUUUUCCCAGUGGAAGUUCUCGUGUUACAUGUGCGGUGAAGCCAAGACCCUCUCCUCUUCUACAUGGCACUCUUCGGGAAUACCAGCUUGUGGGGCUAGACUGGCUGGAGAAACAGUACAAGAAGAAUCUUAAUGGAAUUUUGGCUGAUGAGUCUGGGCUCGGCAAGAAUAUCCAGGUUAUUGCUCUUAUGGCACACCUAGCUAGCAACGAAGGUAAUUGGGGUCCUCAUCUGAUUGUGGUGAGAAGCUGUAAACUUCUUAAAUGGGAGCUGGAAUUUAAAAGAUGGUGUCCUGGUUUAAAAAUGCUUUUGUAUUUUGGAAAGCAAAGGGACCUAAGGAAAAAAAGACAGAGGUGGGGGGAGCCAAACAACUUUCACGUCUGCAUCACCUCUUACAAGCAGCUGUUUAAGGGGAUCCAGGCUUUCAUGAAGAUGAGAUGGAGGUACCUGGUGCUGGAUGAGGUACAUCAGAUCCGGAAUAUGAAUGAGAAGCACUGGGAUGCCAUCUUCAAUCUGCCUAGCCAGAACCGGCUGCUUCUCAGAGACACUCCACUCCAAAACACAUGGAAAGAUCACUGGACCAUGAUGCAUUUUUUAAUCCCAGGAAUUUCCAAACCUUACCUGGACUUUCCUCUGAAAACCAACGGAGAAGAAAACCAAGAAAACUGCCAUAAACUUUUUAUAAUGUUGCACAGGACUGUUAGACCUUUUGUUUUAAGAAGGUCAAAGAAAGACGUUGAAAAGCAGCUGCCAAAAAAAUAUGAGCAUGUCCUAAAGUGCCGUCUCUCCAACCGCCAGAGAGCCUUAUAUGAGGAUGUUAUUCUUCAACCAGGAACCCAGGAUUCCUUAAAAGGUGGCCAUUUUGUCAGUGUUCUCCAUGUUUUGAUGCAGCUGCAAAGAAUAUGUAACCAUCCAGAUCUGGUGGAUCCACGUCCUGGACAUUCCUCGUAUGCAUGUGAAGCUCUGCAGUACAAAACUGCAUCUUUAGUAUUGCAAGCAUUAGAUUAUGACCCAUGGAAGGGUCCUGAUCUGUCUCUGUUUAAUCUGAUUGGACUUGAGAAUAAAAUGACACGGUAUGAAGCCCAGGUACUGCCAGUCCAGAAGGUGACUCAGAGGCUAAUGGAAGAAAUUUACAGUAACCCAGACACUACUGCUCGCCCCAAUCCAGUGAAAAUUAAACCAAGCAGGUUGUUUCAGCCAGUCCCUUAUGGUCAGAAGCCAGAUGGGAGAACUGUUACUUUCUCCAAUACUCCAGCAUCUCGCUUGGUAACUGCAACUACAACCACAGUGACCCAGCAAGGCCAGGCUCGAGGACGAUCCCCAGUCACCAUGGCAUCUGCAAAUCAGGGUGGGGAUGUGGUAAAAAUUGCUCAGCUAGCUGCAUCUGGUGCAGCACAGGGGAAAAUUGCACAGCCCAAGACCCCAGUGACUCUGCAGUUCCAAGGAAACACAUUCACUCUGUCCCAGAGCCAGCUACGCCAGCUCACAGCCGGGCAGCCUCUCCAACUACAAGGGAGUGUUCUUCAGAUUGUUUCUGCCCCUGGACAGCAGUACAUCCGGCCUCCCGGUCCUGUGGUGAUGCAGACAGUGGCACACGGGAACUCCAUUCAAAAUGCAAUGAACGCUUUGGGAAAUCAACAUCCUUCCAACAUAACCAAUCCUACAGUAAAUCCUCACUCAGGAAUUCAAGGGAGAACCAUAAUGCCUUACCCUACUAGUGGUGACAUGUCAUCUUCUCUGAAGGCUCCACAGAUUUCAGUGACCCCAGCACAGGAUUUAGUAGAAGAAAAGCAGAGAGUAAGAGAGCGCCUGGAGAGUCUCUUCUCUUGUAAUGAACGUCGAUGUGGGCAGGCACCAGUGUAUGGCGCUGAUCUGUUACGACUCUGCUCUGUGCGGUCUUCUGAUGUUCAGACUUCCAUGGAUAAGAAAAAGUGGGCAUGGGUGGGAUCUGUGAACUGUCUGAAUUCCUCUUGCAGAGAUUUUAAUGAUCCAUUGAGACACCUGAUUUUAUCCCCUAAGCAGCAGAAAGAGAUGCUGGAGCCCACAGCAAGGAGCACCUUAUGUGUGGUCCCUGCUGCUGUUGCUCCACCUCCAGAGUUGGUGACUUAUCUUCCUCCUCUAUACAGUCACAGCAUUAACAUCCUAAGACACUGUCUGAGGAAACAGACAGCACCAUAUAUUCAGGAUUUGUGGGAGAGAACCUCUCCUCAUUGUAUGCAAUCUCCAGACCUGCGACUUAUUCAGUGUGACUCGGGGAAGCUGGAGGCUCUCUCUAUACUUUUGCGGAAACUGAGGUUUGAAGGUCAUCGUGUUCUGAUUUUCUCUCAAAUGUUGCUCAUGCUGGACAUACUGGAGAUCUUCAUGGACUUUCACUAUUUCACCUUCAUCAGGAUCGAUGAAUGUGCAUCUUAUGAACAGUGCCGUGAUUUGAUGAGAAGCUUCAACCAGGACUCUCGAAUUUUUUGCAUCUUAAUGUCCACCCAAAGCCGGACACUGGGCGUUCCCUUUGUGGAAGCUGACAUUGCAAUUUUUUAUGACAGUGAUUUAAACCCAGUGAUGGAUUCUAGAGCUCAGGCCUGGUGUGAUCGCAUCAGCAGAGAUAGAGACAUUCAUAUUUAUAGACUUGUAAGUGGGAACUCUGUUGAAGAGAAGCUGCUAAAAAAUGGUACCAAGGAUCUCAUUAGAGAAGUUGCUGCUCAGGGGACUGACUUUUCAAUGGCUUUUCUUACACAGCAAACAAUUCACGAACUGUUUGAGCUUUACUCUCCACUUGAAGACUCAGGAUUUGGAGUAAAAGCAGAAGAAUUUGUAAUGCUUUCUCAAGACCCACCUCCAGCAGAAACAAUAGCUACAAAGUUUGCCAAACCGUUCAUUGAGGCUUUGAAAAGUAUCGAACUUGGAGGUGAACUAGACAUGGAAAUAUCAGAAUUAGAAACAAAGGGAGAUAAUAUGGUCACGUCAUCAGAUGGCUGUCGCAAAGGGGAGACCUCAGAACUGACUGAGCUGGCUGCAGUGGUAGAACAGCUUACUCCCAUUGAGAAGUAUGCGUUAAACUAUCUGGAGGAAUUCUAUACAUCAGGAGCUGCAGAGAACCCAGAGAACACAGAGGAACAGAAAAUUACAAAAAAGAAGUGGGAGGCUCUGCACCUGAAGGAGAACAAGGAGUGGGAAGAAAGAAUGGCUUGGGAAGAAGCAGAGGAACAACUUCUUACCUACACAAGAGAGGAUGCUUAUAAUAAGGAAUUUAUCUGUGAUGGUCCAGAUGGGCAGACAGAAGUAAUGCCGAUCUGGACACCACCAACACCUCCACAAGAUGAGAAUGACAUUUAUAUAGACUCAGUUAUGUGCCUGAUGUAUGAUUCCAACUCCAUCCCUGAGUCUAAACUGCCCCCUGUCUAUGUGAGGAAGGAGCACAAGAGACACAAAGCAGAUCCAGCAGCUGCAGGCCGUAAGAAGAAACAGAGACAUGGAGAAUCAGUGGUUCCUCCCCGCUCACUGUUUGAUAGAGCUACACCGGGUAUGUUGAAAGUGAAGAGGGAGGGCAAGGAGCAGAAGAAGAAUAUCCUUCUCAAACAACAAGCCCAGUUUGCCAAGCCCCUGCCAACCUUGGUUAAACCAGCGAAUGAAUCCGGCCCUGAUAAUCCUGAGUGGCUCAUUAGCGAAGACUGGGCUUUGCUGCAGGCAGUUAAACAUCUCUUGGAGUUGCCCUUAAACCUUACUGUGGUGUCACCAGCUCACACUCCCAACUGGGAUUUGGUCAGCGAUGUGGUAAACUCGUGCAGCCGAAUCUAUCGAUCCUCCAAGCAAUGUCGAAGCCGAUAUGAAAAUGUCAUAAUCCCAAGAGAAGAAGGGAAGAUCAUGUUUGAAGCUAAUCCUAAGAAGAAAACAAAGAGUAUAUACAAGACAAAGAACAGUCGACCUCUUCGGACCAGCCAGAUCUAUGCUCAGGAUGAAGGUGUGACACACACUCAGCUGUACACUAGUCGCUUUGAAUUGAUGAAAAUGACUGCAGGAAAGAGGAGUCCACCAAUUAAACCACUAUUGGGAAUGAAUCCAUUUCAGAAGAACCCAAAACAUGCUUCCGUUCUAACAGAAAGUGGAAUCAGUUAUGAUAAACCUCUGCCACCUAUCCAAGUGGCUUCUCUCCGAGCUGAGCGGAUUGCCAAAGAAAAGAAGGCAUUAGUUGAGCAACACCACAGGGCACAGCAGCAAGCUGGUCCACAGGCUCCGCAACAGCCACUCCAGAAUGGUCAACAACCAUCAGCUCCAGCUAUUCAGCCUGCCCAAGCACAGCCUCAGCAACAAGUGGUCCAAACACAAGUUGUCCAGCAGCCACAGGCGGUAGUUGCAAGUCCAGUUGGCACCAGUGUACCAACCACUGCAGUUCUGGCUGGAACCAUCAAAACCGCAGUAACCGGAGCAAGCAUACAAGCUGCGGCUGUCAGUGGAAACGUUAUUGUAAACACAGUUGCGGGUGUACCUUCUGCCACUUUCCAGCCCAUCAAUAAGAGGUUGGGAUCCCCUGUUAUACCUGGAACACUUGCUGCUUCUGGGGGAUCUCCGCAGGUUGUGCAUACACAGCAGAGAGCUGUAGCCACUUCUGCCACGGCUGCUGAGAUGGUCACUAUAGCAACAAAUCAGGGAGUGCGAGCAGUGACGCCGGUGACUGGUGGAACUGUGGUGUGUAGCAGUAUUACACCUGUGCAGACGCAGGCCCGGUCAGUUGUUACACAGGUAACAACAGCUACAACUGCUGGAGUUCAGCUGGCCAGUAAAGCCAUUGCCUCAGCCCAGUUCCAGCUUAUUCGGCAGCAGCAAGCUGCCCAGGUUCAGGUUCCUCAGAUUCAGGCUCAGGCUCAGUCCCCUGGGCAAAUCAAAGCUGUCGGCAAACUCUCCCAGGAGCAGCUACUGAAGUUACAGAAACAGAAAAUGCAGAUUCCACAACAGACAUCCCAAACAGCAUCUCAACAGCAGCAGCAACAGCCACAGCAGCCUCAGCAGGGAGGACCACAGGCAGCACCAGUACAGGGCCAGCAGCAAGCACAGCCACAGCAACAGGCUCAGCAGCUUGCUGCAGUCAAUGCACCAAGAGGUGGUGCUGUGCUCACAGGGGCUACUGUUGCUAAUUUACAGGUGGCUCGGCUGCUUCAGGCUCAGGGGCCAAUCCAGGCUCAACCAGGACAAACAGCACAAGUGGCCCUAGCUAAGCCUCCAGUGGUGUCUGCAGUUGUGUCAUCUACAGGAGUGACCACCCUUCCAGUCACUGUAGCAGGAAUUAGCGUUGCUAUUGGCCAGCCCCAAAAAGCUGCAGGUGGACAGACAGUGGUUGCUCAACCCCUAAAUGUACAGCAACUUCUAAAACUAAAGCAGCAACAACAGCAGCAAAAAGCUCUACAGUCAGGGGCGGCUCCUGCACAGGCUGCUGUUCAGCAACAGAAGCAGAUAACAGCCCAGCAAGUUACUGUCCAGGCUCAGCAGCAACAGCAGCAACAAGCAACUCAACAGCAGAAGUUGACAUAUACCACUCAGCCAGCAAUAAAAACCCAGUUCCUGACCACCCCAAUUACUCAGUCUCAGAAGUCACCUGGAGCACAGCAGGUGCAGGCGCAGAUUCAGGUACAGGUUGCAAAGCUUCCUCAGGUGGUCCAACAGCAGGCAGCAGUGGCAAAUAUCCCGCAGAUGGUUCCAGCCUCUCAGCAGGUCCAGCCUCAAUCUGUGACAUUGACUCAAGCGACAGCAGCAGGCCAGCAGCAGGUUCAGGUAUUGCCUGCUGGGUCAGCUGCAGCCCAGGUGGUUCAGCAGAAACUCCUUCAACAGCAGCAGGUUGUGACUGCAGCAGCAGCUUCACCACAGCUCCAAGCUCAAUCCAAUCAGAGCCCAGUAUCCACAGGGACAGCAGAAGGCCAAAACCAGCAAGCAAAGCUUCAAGUCAGAGCUUCUACUGUCCGGAUCAAGGCUCCCACAAAGCCCAGCUGAAAAACCAUGUGAGAGGUGGAGAAAUUAAGAAGCAUCUCCAAAAUGUGUUGCACCCUCUAAAUUAGCACCUCUAAGAACUCUUAUACAUGUUGUCUGUCAUGUCUGACAAAGUGUUUCAUUCAUCUAAAGAAAAAUAAUAAUUAGUGACUUUUUAGUGAAUGUGAAGAAAAGGGAUAUGAAGAAAGGGAUAUGAAGGUCCCACAGAUGUUGUCAUGGACUGUUUUAUUUCGAAGAGAUGUUACUUAUAUGGGAAGAAAAAUACAGUGCCAUUGUGGAUCUCCUCUUUGUGGAUUUCUGUCUCACUUUUUGCACCAAGGCAUUUGUAAAGGAUUUAAGCUUAGAUUUUUAGUUCUCAAACUCUCUCAUUUGUCAAAGUGUUUUAUCUUGUUUUUAGCUUAGUGUUGGGGUAUAUUGCUAUAGAACUUAAAAAGGGAAGGUACACAAAGUGGAAUAUUGUAAUAACAUGGAAGAUUCAUCUCCCACGUCUUUCAUCUGAGUGCAUGUUUACAUUGCAUCACAAAGCAUUUCCUGUGCAGUGUGGUAAAUUUAUGUGGUUCCUCAACUUCAUUUAUAUUUCAUUGCUACUGGUACAUCUGUGUAGUAACCAAUGGGGUCACCUGUUCUAGUGACAACUGAGAAAAUUGGGAUUGAAUCACUUCCUAUUCUGUCUCCAAAGCAUAGCUCUACCAAGCAUACAAAGAUUAUGUCAGCAGAUCAGGGGUGUUGCCAGCACUGGUUUAAGCCGUCCAUAGAUGAUGCAAUUUUCUUACCUGCAACCGCGGAUUGCAGGAAACAAAAUCACCUGCUUCCCUCAUCAACACACUGUAGAAGUAGGAAGAGAUAACCC